CACAAAACACUUCCACCAAGAAUGCAGUUCGGAAUAAAACAUCUGGCAGCUCUGCGUUGCAUCGAGUCAACCUAAAUUUGUGUUCAGUUUUCAGUGCAUUUUAUAAAAACUGUGAAUCUUACAAAUAAUUUGUUUUGAAAGCGUAUUGAAAUGGUGUAAAAAGGAAGAUACGAAGUUGCAUUUGUGCUGUAUAAAGAUUCAGAUGCCUUCCAGUGAACCACAAUUAAUAAAAAUGGAUAGCGAAAUUGCAUGCAGUGAAGUUAGCAAGGAGGGGCCAGCAUUGCCACAGGUCGAAGCUGCUGAGAGCGGCGCACAAGAAUUACAGGAAAUACGCAAAUUAUUAUGGGGACCGACCAUACGUGUGGAUGUGUUUCGCCGUUGGUCCCAAGGCUUCGAAUUUAGUGAUACAGAACCAUCUGCCUUGGUGCAAAAAGAGGGUGGACCAUGUGCUGUGAUAGCGCCCGUGCAGGCUUACCUUUUAAAAAUUCUCAUUAUGGAUACGCCGGGACAUUUUCUUAAAAACCUCACACAAGAUAAGUGUCGUCACAUGCUAAUACAGGCGUUAUGCACUAUUCUAAGUAAAUGUUGUACAAAACGUUAUCGAAUAGUCUCGCUGCCAAUGGAAACAUGCGCCGAAGCCAAAGAAGUCUUAAACACUCUAAAUGACAUUCCAGCUGUAAACAUCGGUAGUGAUGCUUCAGCAGAGACGGCGACUAAAGAAGCAGACGCUGCUGCCGAUUUGCCUUCAACGGCAGGUACGGUACGUGUGGCAGAUGCACGUGAAGUCUCUUCGGAUGCAUAUCAUGAGGGUCUGCAAGUUUUAAAUUUUGAGACUAUUGAAGAAGUAGAAAAAUAUUAUACAGAACACUGGCAAGUGCUCUCCGGUCAAUAUGGCGUAAUGCUCUUCCUCUAUACCGUGCUGAUCACGAAGAAUAUUGAUAAUGUGAUUUCGGAAUUAUCUGAUACAUCUGAACCACUGAUACAUAAUACAUAUGGAUAUGGUUCACAAGCACUCAUUAAUCUAAUGUUGACAGGUCGUGCUGUCGCUCAUGUAUGGGACAAUGAUCAGGAUGUUGGGGGUUUGAAAUUGCGUGGAAUUAAUGAACAAAGCGAUAUUGGAUUUAUAACAUUGAUGGAGCAAAUGCGUUACUGUACAGUGGGUUCAUUUUAUAAGAAUCCCAAAAAUCCGGUUUGGGUUAUGGGCUCGGAAACGCAUUUAACUGUGCUUUUUAGUGCCGAAAAGAGAUUGGUAUCUCCGGAGACUCCUUCGGAGUUGGCCCGUCGCGUUUUCAAGUCGUAUGAUCCUGAGGGUAAUAAUUUUAUACCGGCAGAUGUUUUGCAAGACGUUUUAGCAGCUUUGGAUUUGGUCAACGAACCGGAAUACGUCGAAAUCAUGCAGAAACGUCUAGAUCCGGAAGGUCUGCACAUUAUACUCUUAAAUGCAUUUAUGGACGAGUUCUUCCCACAAGAACAGCGAUCAACACCAGAUACAUUUGAUCUAAUGCACUACAACGGUAUACCAGGUUCGAAUGAGGGUAAUAAGGUACACUAUUCUAAAGGUUCUGCCAUAUUAUUGGAGAGUGAUUUAAAAUCGGUGUGUAUCUCCAAUCCCAUGUUAACGUGUUUACAAACAAAGUGGCCAAAUAUUGAAAUUAAUUGGCAUGAUAUGCGGAUACCAUCGUUGAAUUGACGAUACACAAUGCUUUUGGAUAACGACAUAUGCAAUAAGGCAUAAGAGAAAAUAUACUACACACAAAUUCGAAUUGUUAAUUUAAAGCAAUUUUUUUUAUUAAUAUUAUUAUUAUUAUUAUUAUUUAUGCCAUUAAAACGACACGCACUACGCAAAGUGAAGCAAUUCAGAGCAAUAGUAGAGCAACAGAUGAUAUGACACUAAACAUGAAGUUUACAACAGCAGAACAAAUUAAUAUUUUCGUUUAAAUCCAACUGUGUAAUUGAUUUUAAGAUAUUUUGUUACAUUCACAUCUUUUUAACCGACGUUUUAUCUUUAAAUCCUAUUAACUUUACUACUAAACUUAAACUAGACAGAAAAUAUGUAGUUACAAGAGAAAACGUGAAAAUAUAUUAUUGUUUAAAUACACACAGAAGUACAUACAUAAAUAUGUACUUGCAAUAGAUUAGCAACAAUUUACGAACACACCGUUCUUGCAUUACAAAAAAAAAAAGAAGAAAAUUAUAUAUUAAAACAAAAAUUUAAAAAUUAUACAUGCAGUUAUAUCUAUUUAAAAACAAACAAUAAACAAAAUUAAAAAAAAAUGUUAAAAAGAAGAAAAAACAAUACAACAAAAUAAUAGCUAAUAUAAUUAACUAAAGUUUUAUUCGAUUAACUUCUAAUACUAACUGUAGUUUAUUAAAAAUAUAAAUUUAACUAGCAAACACAACAAAAGCAACUGCUUAAAAUACGCAUAUUAGCGUUUCAUGUUGAAAUAGACAAAAAAAAUAAGAAGAAAAUCUUACAAGAGUACACAAGUGCAAACAUUGAAGGCAAUAGA